AUGCAGGCCACUCCCGGCCUUUCCUGCUUUGCGCGCAGAGCCAGCCCAGCCAGACUUGCUGCCCGUUUUCGGCGGGGGAAGGCGGUGGUGGGGUUCGCUGCUACAAAUUUUGGUCCCUGCAAAAACACCACUAUCAACAACACCACCACCUCUCAUACGGUCGACCGCCGUCGUUUCCUCUCCUACACGAAAACGCUCAGAUCCCUCUCAGACGACAUGGGUAAAGAUAAGGAUAGCAAGGUUACUUUCAACCUCAAGACCCCCAAGGGAACGAGGGAUUGGUCCGGUGCCGACACCCUCAUUCGCGAUCGUAUCUUUUCUUCCAUCACCAAUGUCUUUCGACGUCACGGCGGAACCGCCCUCGAUACCCCGGUUUUCGAGCUGCGAGAAAUUUUGGCUGGCAAAUACGGCGAAGACUCCAAACUCAUCUACGAUUUGCAAGAUCAAGGUGGUGAGAUCUGCUCGCUACGAUACGAUUUGACCGUCCCCUUCGCGCGAUGGCUCGCUAUGAACCCCGAAAUCCGCAGCAUUAAGCGUUAUCACAUCGCCAAGGUCUACCGACGUGACCAACCGGCCGUGGCAAAGGGUCGUAUGCGCGAGUUUUAUCAGUGCGAUUUCGAUAUCGCGGGUGCCAACUUUGAUCCCAUGGUGCCUGACGCGGAGGUCUUGAAGGUUAUCAAUGAAGUGUUUGAGGAUUUGGGCUGGCAGGGAAAAUUCACAAUCAAAAUCAAUCACCGAAAGGUUCUGGAUGGUAUGUUCGAGGUAUGCGGCGUGCCUUCGGAUAAGAUUCGACCGAUUUCUAGUGCCGUUGAUAAGCUUGAUAAAGCGCCCUGGGCAGAUGUGCGGAAGGAGAUGGUCGAAGAGAAGGGUCUCGAUGCGGCUGUUGCGGAUAAAAUCGAGAAAUACGUCAGCAAAAAGGGUCGCAAGGAUUUGUUCGAAGAGUUGUUAAAAGAUGAGGAACUGAUGGCCAACGCGGCAGCCAAGCAAGGUGUUGAGGAAAUGGGACUUUUGAUGGACUAUCUCGAAGCUUUCGGCGUGUUGGACACGAUCUCUUUUGAUCUCAGUCUGGCACGUGGUUUGGAUUACUACACUGGAGUCAUUUAUGAGGUUGUCACAGAAGGCUCGGCACCGACGACAUCGACAUCGGCACAAGAAGCAAAGGCCGUACAGCGAUCAUCGAAAAAGUCGAAAGCUACGACGGGCGAUGACGAUGACCGAUCAAACGAUCCAACUAUUGGUGUGGGUAGUAUCGCAGCUGGUGGUCGAUAUGAUAACCUUGUGGGCAUGUUCUCCCCCAAGGCGCAGAUUCCUUGUGUUGGCAUUUCAUUCGGUGUCGAUCGUAUAUUCUCCAUCACCAAAGCUCGCAUGGAGAGAGAAAAGGCCAGCGUGGUCCGUAGCUCUGAAGUUGACGUGUACGUCAUGGCUUUUGGAGGAAAGGGGUUCACCGGUAUGCUCAAGGAGCGUAUGGAUAUCUGCAAGACCUUAUGGGCUGCAGGCGUGAAGGCCGAAUUCUCAUAUAAACUCAAACCCAAGCUCCCACAACAAUUCAAAGCUGCCGAGACGUCAGGUAUUCCCUUUGGCGUGAUCCUCGGCGAAGACGAGCUCGCCGCCGGCCAAGUAAAGAUCAAAGAAAUGGGUCUUCCCGAAGGCCACCCGGAGAAAGAAGGCGUAUCAGUCGAUAUCACGAACCUAGUGGACGAAAUCAAACUACGAAUAGAUAUGAAGAACAAAGGCGUCGAGACCACCACCACCUCCGACGCCGUGGAGUCUACGACUGCAGCAGCAGCGAAUCUGUCUGUGGGGGGUGACGCCGCUGCCGCUCAACAAAAGACGGAAGAUGCGGGUGUUUGA